AUGUAUCAUCGAAUGAAGUUGAAACCAUAUACCCCUUCAUUAACACCACUCCACGUGCGGAUCUACCCCCCUUGGAAAAAACUUAUUCUCUCAGGUACCAACAUGUUUGCUCUACCAUCGAUGGCCUUUGUCGGGAUGGGUUAUUUAAGAUCGCUUGAUCUUGGUAAAGGAAAGUUGAAAUCUAUUGAGAAUGAUUCCUUCGCGGGUAUGACGGCCCUAGAGUUUCUUGAUUUGAGUUCAAAUCGACUGACUACAGUGAGAAGAGAAAUAUUCGAACCCUUGACCCGAAUCCAGAAGAUCAUCCUAGCCAAAAACAAAUUCUUAUACCUUCCAACGACAUCAUUCCAGGGGCUUAGAUCACUUCAAGUCUUGGAUUUUACCAGCAAUCGAAUCAACAAAAUCGGAGUCACGUGGGACAUUCCUUCUCUGCAGACUCUGGAUCUUACAAGCAACAGACUUUUCCGUAUUGCCGAUGCAGCCUUCUACGGCCUGCCAAAUUUAACGGAGUUAGCAAUAUCUUUGAAUCCCAUCAAUACUAUAAAAAAUAAUGCCUUUAUAGGUAUAGAAAACUUGCAAACGCUGACUCUGCAAACACUUGACCACGUUGGGAGUGGUGGGGGUCGACCUUUUCGGAAUCUCACCCACUUGAUAACCCUCGAUCUCUCUGGAUCAAACAUGAACCCCAAUACUGUCUUUUUUAAAGGUCUGACAUUUCUGAAGAUGCUGAAGCUUCGAAAGACCUCACUGACACCAAGUAAACUCUGGAACAAUCUACGAAACGUUUCAGUUCUUGACACAUUAGUCGGACUGGAGUAUCUAUCACUGAGCUCAAACAGUUUGAACGGUUUAAUACCACGGACAUUUCAGAAUCUGACUUCAUUAACCAGACUACUCCUGGAGAAAUGUGGAAUUAUCGAGCUACCCGUAGGUUUAUUAAAAAACCUUGCAUCUCUUAGGUAUCUUUACCUUACGCACAACAAUAUCAAAGUCUUGUCUGCCUCUCAUUUCUUCGGAUUACAAUCCCUAGGAACAGUUCUAUUUGACAAUAAUGCCAUCAAGGAACUCGAAGUGGAUCUUUUCAAGCAUACUCCUAAAAUAUCUUACGUGUACUUUCCACACAAUCUCAUAUCAGUUGUUCAAAGGGGAACAAUCCUACCCACGGUGAUGCUUGAUCUCUCGAACAACCCACUGUCUUGCGUUUGUGAUCUUCAGUGGUUUCUGUCGUACUUAGAUACCAAUAUUCUCAUCUUGGUGAAUCCAAAUAACACGAUCUGUUCUCCUACCUCCAUUCAAAGGUUUAUCGGCAAGCGGCUUCUCAGCUCUCGACCAGACAGCCACGACUGUGGCCCAAACAUCAUCCUCUUGGCUUUCAUCCCAUUUAUCGUUUUAGGGCUUAUCUUCGUCGUAGCAGUCACCUAUUACUAUCGCUGGAAGAUCAACUACAAAUUCUUUUAUUUGAAACUAGCCGUGCUUGGUUUCAUUGAGUUCGAAGAUGCCCGUGAGCAUCAGGAUUUUCGGCACGACCUCAACGUCAUCUACCAUGAUGAUGAUGAAGAAUGGGUCGAGCGCGUCUUCCAACCCGGCAUCGACAACGCUUUACCGGAGUUUCAGAGGAUUGCAUACGGUGACCGGGAUCUGGUCAUCGGGAUGUUCUACAUGGACGCUGUCAUCGAUUUGGUGGAGAACAGUUUUAAAGUGGCCUUCAUCGUUAGUAACACAGCCAUUCGUGAUCAUUCCUUCAUUAACAAAUUUCACAUGGCUGUCGAUCACAUGAACGAGGUCGGAUUCGAAAAACUUGUGCUGGUUUUCGUUGAGGAUAUUCCCGACAACCACCUGCCGUAUCUCAUGAGGCUUUUCCUCAGCAAGAACAAACCAUAUUUCCUGUGGACUGAAAACAGAGACUGGCAGAUUUUCUUCUGGGCCAAGUUUGCGAAAUUGAUGAAGGCAAACAAGCAAAUAAAUGACACUCUUCCAACUUAGAAGAAACCAGUAUUGAUUGUUAUAAGUGUAGCCCAAUUGUCUCUUCCAUAUUUGAAUGGAAUGA